AUGGGAUUUAAAGAGAGAUUGAAAUCCGAAUUUUCGGUCUCUAAUUUGAUGAUGACACACCCUGAACCACACCUCUUUGUGACAAUGCAGUGUGGACCAGUACACCUGUACCCGAUUUGGUCACUACUCUGGUCAGUCUAUCACCUGGCCUGGAUUAUAAUGGACGUGUACAUCGCUGCUACGGACGAACAUGACGAAGGUCGAUACUUCAAAUAUUUGACCAACUGGGGCUAUUUGUUCCUUGUCAGUUAUCAGUGGACAGAUACUGUGGCCUCCUUAUACAUCCAUCUCCGACGUAAGGAUCUCAUCAAAGGUGGCCAUGACGCUAUGCCUUGGUAUCUGAAGGUCAUUUGGGUUUUGUAUAACAUCGCCAACUCCCUCGCCGUAAUCAUCACACUGAUGUAUUGGAUGUUGAUCGGUGAUUCUGUCAAUUCGCAAAGUAUCAGUAAGCAUGCUCUAAACAUCCUGUGUGCUAUCUUCAACAUCUGGUUCACGGCUACCCCUAUCCGUGUGUGGCACUUUUAUCAGCCUGUCAUCGUCUGUUUCAUCUAUCUCGUCUUCUCUAUCAUUUACCAAAAAUCUGGAGGAGGUCUCAUCUACGACAUGUUAGACUGGGAUAAGCCAGGACCUACUGUUGCAUUCACAAUUCCAGUUUUAGUUAUAGCCGUUCCUGUAGCGCACUUAUGCUUUUUUGGAAUAUAUAAGACAAGAGUAAUAUUAGCUAAACAAUGGUGUACUGGCAUCAUGUCGACGGUACAACCAGUUGAAGAAGAAGUAGAAAGUACAAAGAAAGAGGAAAAAGACUCUCCUAAAGAGGAUGUACCGAAAUUAGUGACAGUGGACGACCUAACUAAAGACAGUCAGACGUUCAGUAUACAUUUAACACCAGGAACAACACAAAGAUCGAUCAAUGUGUCAAUGACUCCUUCCCCAACGCUUGGGUUUGUAAACAAUCAGCCAGAACUGGAACCAUAG